AACGACCUCACAGAAUAGAUCACCAGCGCAGGGCGCAACUAUAUCCUCACCAUGGCUCCCGGGCAUCGAAGAACAAAGUCAUCUGGCCCUGCCCCACCUGCUCGAACACUGAUCAUCGACAAUGGCGCAUACACAAUGAAAGCCGGUUUCUCAUCGCCAGCCUCCACAUCCGCGCCCAGCGUGAUACCGAACUGCAUGGCGCGCGACCGCGAACGCAACGUCUAUAUAGGCUCGCAGCUCUCCAAAUGCAAGGACUUCGGGGAGAUUGUGUUCCGGCGCCCCGUCGAGAAGGGAUACUUGGUGAACUGGGAGGCGGAGAAGGAGAUCUGGGAUCACGAAUUCUUCGAGGGCAAAGCGCCGCUGAGAUGCGAUCCCAGAGAGACGGGGCUGAUUCUCACUGAGGCGCCGAAUGCUCUUCCCCAGUUGCAGACCAAUUGCGAUCAGAUGGUCUUUGAGGAGUUUGGCUUUGCUAGUUAUUUGCGGUGUCCAGCUCCUGUGUUAAAUGCAUAUAACGAUAUCCAAGCCAUGUUCAAAGCGCCCCCACGGGAUCCAACGAAACCUCUCCUCCCUGCUGAAAUCAUUCUCUUAAUCGACUCGGGCUACUCGCACACGACCAUCACGCCUCUUAUCCAAGGCCGGCCGCUCCAAUCGGCAAUCCGGCGUCUCGACGUGGGUGGCAAACUUCUCACGAAUCAUUUAACGCGGCUUCUUUCUCUAAGGCAAUACGAUAUGCGCAACGACACCUAUCUCGUGAACGAAAUCAAAGAAGCAUGUUGUUAUGUCUCGAAGGAUUUUAAGGCAGAUAUGGAGGCAACGUGGAAGGGACCAAAGGGCGAUAGGAGGGAGAUCUAUGAGACGGCCGGAGGCAUAGCGAAAGACUACAUAUUGCCGGAUUUUCACAAACGUACGAAAGGAGAGAUGCGAGAUCAUGACCCUGGUCUCGCCGGGAAGCUCAAGCAGCUCCAGUCGGGAAAAGCACCUGAGGCUGCAGAAGACAUCCUCACAUUGCGGAAUGAAAGGUUUACGGUUCCGGAAUUGCUCUUCAACCCUUCUGAUAUUGGGAUGCGGCAAUCAGGUAUCGCGGAGCUGGUUAUGGACAGUUUGAGCGCAUUGCCGUUCGGACUCUGGCCGGGCUUUCUAGCGAAUAUCAUUGUGGUUGGGGGAAAUGCGAAUAUUGAUGGCUUCCUCUGGCGAUUGCAGGUUGAAAUCCAAGCCUUGGCGCCGACGGAAUGUAUCGUACGGGUUGUGAGGCCUGCAGAUCCGGUGGUCAGCACGUGGAACGGGGGCGCUGAGUUAGCCAAGGAUGUGGAUUUGUUGAGUUCAAUGAGCGUCACGAAACAAGAGUAUGACGAGUAUGGGGCGGCCUGGGUCGCGAGGAAGUUCGGAGGAGAUCCAAAUUGGAAGUGGUGAUAACUGAUACCCAGCUGUCAAAUCAUGACACACGAACCUUGGUUUGGAGGCAUUCUCUUUUGCAUUUGGCAUUCUAUUCUCCCGGUACGAGAUACAUACUUUUUGCUUCCUGCUGCAAGAGAUAUGCUCGAAAUGCUCCCGCUCUUCAACCACGAGGCGCCGGAUAUGAAGAACAUUAUACUGAAGGAUGAAGGGUCUCUACAUACGUGUCUUCGUUUUUAGGAACUCUUGCAGGCAGCAAGACAAUUCCGCCGAGCCGAUGACGCUCCCCUGUUCCAACAGGGGGAAUAUGAGCGGCAAAAGCAGUCAUGUUUUUCGGGAACUCGCUUUAAGCCGCACCGGCAGGGUUGCUAAAGACUGCGCGGACGAUAUCGGCGGGGAGGGCGACGAGACCAUUAAGGAUAUUGUGCAUACCCGAGUCGUCUGCUGCAACUUG